AUGGACAUUAGUGCAUUUUCAAAUGAUGAUUUUGAUACUAAAGAAUGGAUUAAUGAUAUCCUUAAACAAGGGGAUAAUGCAAAAGAGAGCAAUUAUACAAUGUCCUUAGUAAUGAAACUCCAACUGUAUGUCCAGCAAGUGAACAGUGCUUUAGAAGACACUAGUCAGCAAGUUUUAGCAUCUUUGCCGAAGAUUAUGAGGGAUGCGAAAAGUUUACAACAAGAAGCUUUAUUAUUAAAACAAAAAAUGGCCACAGUUAGGGCAGAAGUUGAAAAGAUCGAGCAUGAUACUGGCCAGUCGAUCCAUACAAUAGAAAAACUAGAUUCUAUGCAGAAUAAGUUAACACUGGCUAAGCAAGGAUUGCACGAAAUAAAUGAUCUAGAAGAAGUUUUUGAUUCAAAGAAUGUUGAAAAUAUCUCAAAUAAGAUUUUAGGAAUGCAAAAUUCACUGAAACUUCUCGUCAAUGUGGCUGAUUAUGAAAAUAGGAAACUUCAGCUGGAAGGAUUAAAAAAUAGACUUGAAGCCAUAGCAAGUCCCUCUAUAGUACAAGCAUUUAAUACACAUAACACAGAACAAGCACAAAUGUACAUUCAAAUAUUUGUCUCAAUGGAUCGACUUCCUCAACUGUUAAAAUACUAUCAAAAAUGCCAAAAAGAUGUACUUCUAAAAAAAUGGCGCAACCAAUUAGAAAUCGAGCAGGACGAGUCCACAAUUCAGUGGAUUCACAACUUUUAUAAUCAUCUACUGUCCAAUUGGCACACUCAGUAUAGAUGGUUUAACCAAGUAUUCACUGGUGCUUCUGCGUUACAAAAUUUAAUAGAUAUUUAUACCGAUGUGUUGACUUCUUUGGAUCCCAGCUUGAACGAGUGUAUAGAUGCAACUCUAAAACAAGUACCAGAUAAGUUAAAUUUUAUAGGAGAAAUUAAACAGACAACCACUCAGUUCAGGGAUAGUUUGAUGAUAAAACCAAGUCCAGAAGAUCUACUUGUACUACAAAAAGCAAUAUUUUCUCACAUGGUACCAUAUAUGAAUAAGUACGCGGCAUACGAGCAAGCGAACUUAAUGAAAAACCUCUCAUCAUUAAACUGUAUGAAAGAAGAACUUCCUGAUACCAUCCAAUCACUAGGUUUAAGCAUUCCAUCGGUGAUUGAUUUAUGUAGAGAGGCUAAAAAGCGAUGUCGAGAAAUUACUGAAAAUUGUGGCUAUUGUGGAUUGCUUAUUGCUUUAAGAGCUUUUUUAUUGGGAUAUGCUGAUUUUUUCAGGGUGGCACUUAGGCGAAUCGAUAGAAGUAAAAGAUCAGAGGAAGAUUGGACUGUUUUCCAACUAUGUCUAUCACUACUACAGAAUACAGGCGAAAUAAUUUUAAAAUUACAGCAGUUCGAGAAGGACUUGACGAGCCAAGUUCUCGAGCUCAACCAGAAAGAAGUGCUUCAGUACAAAAUCCUUCUUCUGAGACAUUCAGAUCUUAAAGAAUUUGAUUCUCUAGUCAAGUGUGUCACAGAGGGUACACAACUUUCCCUAUUGGAUUCUGUUACUUCGGAAUUUGUUAAAUUGUGCACAGAUAUUCACCACACCACUUAUCAAGUAGUGUUUGCUCCUAUAUCUGUUCAGCUAGAUACAGUGCAGUCUCCACAAACCUGGAGUCAGUAUGAUGGUGCAGCUGUGAGUGAUUUGCCUGAUUACAGCUUUGCCCCACAAGAAUAUAUUACCCAGAUCGGUCAGUAUCUGAUGAUUCUUCCACAGCACUUGGAACCAUUCUUGUUUAAGGAGAAUCCAUCGUUGUCGUGCGCUUUGAAAUCUGUGGACCAAGAGUACAACAACGCUCCAGAGGGAGAAGGUACCUUGGCGCAUGUUUUUCUCACGAUCAUCGCAAAUGGAACGUGUCAAUAUUUUUUUGACAAGAUAUUAUCAAUUUGCGAAUUAAGUCCCGCCGCUAGUCGACAAUUGGCACAUGAUAUAAGUUAUCUGCAAAAUAUUUUAGAAGAACUUGGCUUAUCAUUAUCGGAGAAUCUUCAACAGUUGACGAUACUCUUGAAACUACCUACAGAGCAGUAUCAAUCCCAAAGCACUGGAUGCUCAGCGCGAUUGGUUGCAGCUGUACGACAAAUGAGAAAUAUUAAAUCUUCUAAUUAG